GAAGGUGGCAACGACUGUCUCUCUGCCUGCGGCAAGGCCACCAACCAAGGCGGCGACAGAGAGACAGAGAGGGAUACUUACACACGCUCGACAUAGGGCACGACAGAGGGCAGAGGAUAUGAGCUUUGCAAGUGGGGCUACCCUUGGAGCGCGUGGCGCAAGCCCGUCGAUGUCCAUGUCGCCAGCACCGCAUUCACCUUCACCAGGACCUGGAAGUAGGACCGGCGGAGUGGUGGUCACCGCCGAGCUGCGGGGAACAUCCCACCCGGACUGCCUCAUGCACCGCAAGUGGCAGCUGGGAGUGGAUGCACCAAGUAAGCUGCAGCCACUGUCACUAGCCGUCAAAUGUGAGGGUAUUGAGUUUGAGCUGGAGACAGAGCCCAUGGCUCUCGGCUCUCGUAUCGUCUACAAGGACGGUGCUAUUGACGCCACCGCCAUUCGCCACCGCCUCCGCCAACCGCGUGGUCUCAUCAAGGUCCACUUUGUCUUUCGCGGCGCCCUCCUCCCGCCAGACUCGGCUCAAGACGAUGCCAGUUCACAGCCGGUAGAGGUCGUUGCAACGUCGCGCGAGUACUUUCUCUUCACCAACACUCGCCAGGUCUCUGCCUUUCGUGCACGCCAUGGCUCAGACUCGGUCCUCGCCCGCGACAUGCCGACGCCCUCGCCGUUUGGCGUCCCCUUCCGCUACCUCAAAGACGUCUCGCCCGACUCGGAUGCACCUGCUGCUGGGCCCGGGUCGAGCGGAGGCGGCCGUGAAAGAGCCAAGGAGCCGCGCCGCCGCAAGCGCUCGUGGCACUCGCGGUCAUCGUCGGCGUCAGACACGCCGCCGUACACCACCUUUGCGUUCAUGGUUGGCGUGGGAGGUGCAAGCGCCGCCUUUGAGCUAUGGACAUCGGCAUCCGGGGUGCCUACUUCUCUUGGCGAGCUUAAGCGCGCGCUUGCCAUGCGCUUUACCGACUCUCGUGGCUUGGCGCUGACCUCCGUCUCAGUCUGGGAGCCCGUCUUUGAUGCAUGGGAGCCGCUGACCUCGCUUCAGCAGCUUGUCUCGCUCGCCGAGCCGACCAAGCUCCGCGGCAAGCUCCUGCUCACCACCGAUGCGUCGUCAGCACCGUCGGCACCGUCUGGCCGCGGAACCGGCCCAGCCUCGUCGGCUUCGCCGCAAGACCCGCUUCCGCCGCCUAUGCUCUCGUCUGGCGGCAGCUCGUCGGUUUUCGACGUCCGCUCGGCUGACGAUGGCCUGCCGUUCCUCUCGCUCGACGAGCUCGACUCGAUCCUGCACAUGUCGGCGACAACGCCGGCUGGCGCCCACCCGAAUCCGCACUCGUCGACAGCUCCGGCGCCGCAGGCUGUCGCCGACUUUGACGCGCUCACGUGCGCCACAGACAUGGAUCUCACGUUUCCAGAGCUCGAGCUGCAGCCGGAGCAGCCGAGCCAACCGGCGCUGUUUAGCUCCAACUCGGCGCUGGCCACCUCGCUCUCGCCACAGGAGCUGGCAAGCCUCACGUCGCGGCUUGUCGACGAGCUCGAGGUCUCGGUUGGGGCCUCGGCACCAGCGCACCAGCCGGUCUACGACCUUGUCGAGGUUCUGCCAUGGCAGGCUGUGUACUCGGCGUCCACCUCUGAGCUUGUCGACUGGACCGGCGGCCAGAAGGCGUUCUCGCUCACUGUCAUGAGCUCGGCGCAGUCUGGCACCGUGCUGCCGUCGGCAGCGACGCUCAACAUCGGCGCCAUCCAGCUGGACGUCUCUCGCGAGCUGAUGGCGACCGGCGCGUCGUUCCGAGUGGUUACCAUCUUGUCGCACGAGGUGGUGCUCUCGCAAGUUGCUCCGCUCGUCGAGCCGGCGAUGGCGCGGGCUGAGCUGGAUCCAACGACCCCGGUUGUCCUCGCCCAGCUACCAGUUUCGCUCACGCUCGACGGCGUUACCUCGAACGCGCGUGCCUUUGUCGUCUAUCUCUCAGUCUUGGCUGGAAGCGGCGACUCGCCGGCGCCGGGUAAGAAGCGCAAGCUCCGCCACGACGACGACGGCGCCGGUAUCGGCCGGCCUGGCCAGCGCGCCAAGACGCUCGGCGCUGGCAGAGCGUCGUCGAGUGGCGGCGCGUCGAGCUCGACAGCGGCGGCACCAGGGCUUGGGUGGGGCAUGACCAUAUGGGCCACCGGGCCGCGACCGAGUUCCGACCUGGUGGUCGACGGCCUAUCCGACUCGCCGGUUCUCAGCGCACACGCGGCGGCGCUGCUUCCGCUCCUGCUUCAGCCGCCGUUGGCGAUGGCGCAGGAGCUAGGUUCGUUUGCGCCAGGCUCGCUGCCGGCCCACGUGGCUGGCGAGCUGGUGAUGCACGCGGUGCGGUGUGCUCGUGUCGGCGCGCUCCGUGUUCUUCUUUUUGGCGUGCAUGGCCACCCUUCGGCGCUUGCGUCCCUGGUCCCUGGCGGGCUCCGCGCGCUCGACUGGAUCGAGCCGCACACUGGCCACACGGUGGUGCACCUUGCGGUGCUCCUUGGCUCGCCGUUUGUUCUUGGCUCGCUCCUCAUCAAGUACGCACCGAUCAUGCUCCGCGAGCUCAACACGCCGAACAGUGCUGGGCUCACGCCGCUCGGCCUCGCGCUCUCGCUUGGCCGUCGGUGGCUUGUUCCGCUCCUGCUUCACUUUGGUGCGGUGCCGCAGCUUGGCGACUGCGCUGUGCCGGGCCCGCUCGCGCUCCGGGCGUACGUCGCACUUGCGCUUCGCGCUGCAACCCUCGGCCGCGCAUUCCGCCACGGCGCCAUCACUCUUUUCCUCAGAGACUGGGCUGCGUCGCAUGGCCAAAGCUCGAGGGCCACACUGCAGGAUGUUCGCCUCGAGCGACGGGCGCUGACGCCUGUUCUGGCCAACUCGGACUCGCAGGGCUCAUGGAACACGCCAGGGUCACCGUCUGUGUCAUUAUCAUCAUUAUCAUCAUCAUCUUCUUCUUCGUCAUCGUGGACCGCGACUGCGUCGUCAGAGCUCGCGGUCUCGGGCGAUGCUGAGGCUCGAGCCCGCAGCAGUGCGCCGCGGGCCAGCCGCUCGCUGCGGUCAGGGCAGACUUCAACCACCACCGGGCGGACUGUGUCAGGCGGAGAUGAGGAGGAGGAAGCGACCGAGUUGGCGGCCGAGCCGGCGCUCAAGCUUGCCUCGCACGAGAUUGAGCUCGCGCAGUUUGGCGGCGAGCCGUAUUUUGACCCACUGGAUCCGCGUCAACGGCACGAGAUUGUGGCAUCUGGCACCGGCGGCGGAGUUGUGGCGGGCGCCGGCGUGCUGCGGCUGGGAGUGGUGGCCGGCGGUGUGAGCCGAAACGGAUCGCCGCGGCAGACAGAGCCGCAGCGCCACAGUCCGCUUGCAAAGCGGCCGUCUGAGCGGAGCGAAGCAAAUGCUGCGCCGGUGUGGUCGGUGUGGGUGCUGAGUGCGCUCGCACUCGCGGUCUUUGUCAUGGUGGCGUCGCUGGCGGUGCUGAUAGGGGUGGUGACGGUGUAUGCGGCAGACACGCGGUCGUGCGGCUCACUAGCAGAGCUUGCCGGGCAGUACUCAAGCCUUGCGCGGCGCGGCGGCCAUGCUCUGGGCACUAUCCGUGACCGCGACUAUUUCAACUGUACCAUCCUCAACCUGGCCGGACUGCCGUUGACAAGCGCGAGCGGCGGCGCAGGCAACGCUUCCGACAUUGGCAUCUCGCUCUGUCGCGGCAUCGCAGCGUCGAUAUUUUAUCAAGGUCUCGACAUUGAUCGCACGCUCGACCGGCGGAUUCGGUACACUUCGUUUGUCAACUCUGCAGAUGUUGUUGUGGGAUGGGAUGUGUCGCUGCCACGUGCGAGUGGCGGGCGGGUGGUCUCUGGCCCGCUUGUGCACGAGACACUGGCGAUGAUGACGCUGGCCAACGGGACGCGUGGGGCGUGGCUCGGUCCGGACAUGGGCUGGAUUGUGCCGACCGAGGCGCCAGGCGCAUCGCCACCACGGCGCGAAGAGCUGGCACAGCUUGUGCAAGCCCGGCUUCGUGGAGAGGUCGGGUUGGCCAAGGCCAACAUGCUGUUCAACACCAGCGUGUGCCUGACAUCCGAGACACGGGAGCGCGGCGGGGAGCGGCUGGAGCUCGCGCUCGCGGGCGCGCUUGUUGUCGAGGUCGCGUCACUCGCGGACGGCUUUGUGGCGCUCAACGGCGGGCAGAUAAGCGGAACCGGCCACGUGUUUGAGGCGCUGCCGCCGGAGGAGCCGCGGUGUGCUGCCGUGAUCGGCCCGCUCUCUGACCUCGUGGCGGAGGCGGGGGCGACUGCGGCCAGGGCUGCACAGUCACCCAAGUCGAUACUCGAUGCGACGACGCACGACUCUGUGGUGCGGUCGUGGGCGGUGGAUCCGCAGCCGCUGGCGCUUCUCGGAUCUAUGGUGGUGGCUCUGCCGCAGCGGCACACCUCGGACGCAGUGCUUGCGACGGUGGUGAGCGCCGGCGUGUCGGUUGUUCCGCUUGCCGACCAGCUGGGACUCUCGCGCGUCAACGCGUGGGACGAUCUCGACCCGCUCUCGUCGGAGGACUACAUGCUCGAGCACGGCGACAAGUUGUACGACGUGGCGCCUUUUGUGCACCGUGUCUUUCUCCGAACGGUGCUCCGAUGGGGUGGCUCGCUCACCGACAUGGUGCAGUCUGUGUUUGGCAGCGCCGGUGCAGAACUCUUCCUCGCGCCGCACUCGCUUAACGCAGUUUGGUCUGCGGGCGGAGCCUUGACGGCUGCGACGCCGCUCUCGCCCAAUCUCUCGCCGGCCUCGGUGUUUGCCAGCCAGGUGGUUGACGAGAACGAGUAUGACGAGGGGCUUGUGGUGGACUCGAUGGCACCCAAGCCGCGCAUUACACGCGGCUUCUUUGGGGUCGUUGUCUCGAUGAUGGUGGUGUUCUUUGUUGGUGCGCUCGGCUACACUAUCUGGCUGGUGGCGAUGCGAUGGAACGCCGGACAUCCUGCGGCUGCGCGCCGGGCCCGCGACCUUCGCUACGCCGCGGCCGCGCACCGACACAAGGGCAAGGACGAGGAGGAUAUAGUGUGGGACGAGGCCGCGGGCAUGCCUGCUGGCUGGGCCGAAGCUGCCGGCGUUGAUCCGGCGUGGCGGGUCGAGUACAUGCGCAAGGUCAUGAUGCUCCAGGCCGAUGUCGACGACGAUCACCUGUGGGAGCGGGCUGAGGUGGAGUACGGGGCGUAGGAGCAGAAAGCAGCUCAUUGAAGCGACACAUACACACGCACACACAUG